CUAUGAUGGCUUGAAUCUCAUCAAUAGAAAUGAAAUGAAAACUCUUGGAGAUGAUGUUGAAGUGACAAAUUGUGUCAUAGAUGGAUGGGCAAGGUUUCUUAAUCAUAAAAAGCCGAGAAACAAGAUUUAUUUCUCAACAGUGCUUCAUCACAUUAUGUGCACAAAUAGAGUUUGUCAAGAAGGAUCAUCAAUGAAGACAAGAAUUAAUGCCUUCAUAGAAAGAAUUGACAAUGAACUGAAGUUGAAUAAAAUUGACAGCAUUGUUGGAUAUAAACAGGUCUUCUUCCCAGUAUCAACUUCUCAACAUUUUUUUCUGUUGUGCGUCAAUCAUAUAGAAGACAAAAUUCAUAUAAUUGACAAUAGAAAACUACCAAAAAAGGUAUCAGUCCAAGCAAAAUAUGAAGAACAACCAAAAAUGAUGUUAAAAGGAUUGGCAGAGUACAUGAAACACCUUGGAUAUCAAGAUGCAAAAAGAAUUGAAGACUACACAGUUGUUUUGGAAAAGAUGAAAUGGCGUAGCAACAAUGACUAUACAAACUGUGGAGUUUACAUUAUGAAGCAUAUGGAAACCUUCACUGCUGAUCCUAAUGAGAGCUGGAUUUGUGAUUUAAAACCAAACAAUGUGGAACAAAUUAGAAAUCUAAGGCUCCAAUACACAGCAGAACUGAUGUUAUUUGAAGAAAACACUGAAUCAAGAGCAAAUAGAAGGAAAGCUAGAAAAUUUGCAACUUUGUAGUUUCAAAUGUUCAUUUACAACUAUGUAUAUGUUCAUUUCUUAUAUAUGACUAUUUU